AUGGCCAAUCAAGACAAUGCUAACACAUUCCCCAGACACGCACAGGAGUUCCGUCUUGCUGUUAUGAGCAACGACAGGAUAUACAUGGACUACAAUGCUACGACGCCGGUGGCACCUGAAGUCAUCCAGGCUACGUACGAGGCCUUGUGGGACGCCUGGGGAAACCCAAGCAGCAGCUACGAUGCAGGCAAGAAAGCCAAGGCCAUCAUUACCCAGUCCAGGGAGAGCGUGGCGAAAAUGGUUGGAGGUAACGCAGAGGACAUUAUUUUCACCUCGGGUGGAACUGAGGCCAACAACAUGGUGCUUCACACUGCCAUAGAACAUUUCAUGCGGCGAAAUCGUGAUGCCGGAGAGAGAAAUGACGGACUCCUCCCGCACAUCGUCUCCUCCAACGUGGAGCAUGACUCGGUUAAACUGUUGGCCGAGCAUCUGAAGAAGCAAGGCGUAGCGGAUUUUACAUUUGUGCCAGUAUCUAAAGUGACAGGCCGGGUGGAGGUGGAUGACGUGGUAGCGGCCGUGCGCCCCAAUACUUGCCUGGUGUCCAUCAUGCUGGCUAAUAACGAGACGGGCGUCAUCAUGCCCAUUGGUGAGAUCUCCCGACGUGUCCGCUCACUAACAUCACAGAACGAGCGCGUCUUUAUCCACACGGACGCGGCUCAAGCCCUGGGGAAAAUCCCGGUGGACGUCAUGGCCCUGGGCGUGGAUUACCUUACUGUGGUGGGCCACAAGUUUUACGGGCCGCGCAUCGGUGCGUUGUUUGUCGACGGCCUCGGGGUGAAAACGCCGCUCUAUCCGAUGUUGUUAGGCGGAGGACAGGAGAGGAACUUUCGGCCCGGCACAGAAAACACACCAAUGAUUGCUGGAUUAGGAAAGGCUGCUGAACUGGUGACAGCGCGUCUGUCUAAACAUGAGAGUCACAUGCUGGACAUAAGAGAAUACCUGGAGGAACGUCUCAAGGUGGUCUUCAAAGAAAAGCUGCACUUUAAUAACCAUUUCCAGGGUUCCGAUCGGCUUCCCAAUACUUGUAACGUGUCCAUCGUGGGUCCGGGCUUACAAGGCUGGCGAGUUUUGUCCCAUUGCAAGAAGCUGCUGGCUAGCGUGGGCGCCGCUUGCCAUUCGGACCAAGGAGAUAGGCCUUCCCCCAUCCUGCUGAGCUGCGGCGUGGCUCCUGAGGUGGCGUCCAACGCCCUGAGACUGAGCGUGAGCCACAGCACCAGCAGAGAGGACGUGGACACGGCCGUGGAAGACCUCCGGGAGGCCGUCGAGCUGCUGGAGCAGAAAGAUUCUUGA